AUGGGUCCGCCCCCGGCCCGGCUCUGCUUCCCCAGCAUCGGACGCGCUCGUGGCCGCCUGGCGGGCACCGCGCUGACCUUGGACAAGGUCAGCCGGCAGUCGGGAAGCCAGCUGACGCUGGCGGGCACGGAAACUGCCCCGGAAGCAGGGACGCCGCAGGGAAAGAAGGAGCUGAAGGAGCUGAAGGCGUUCGAGCUGCUGGAGCAGGCGGCGGAGGACUCCAGCUUCUGCUCCAACUCGUCGUUCGUCAGCAAUCUGCUGCACGCAGCAAGUUCGACACCCGAGCGGCGGCCCGGCACCGGUCCGGUGGAGCUCUCCCCGCUGAUGCGGCGCGAGCUCGAGCAGUACGAGCUGGAGCAGCACGAGCUGGGGCAGAGUGAGUUGGAACAGCACGAGCUGGGCCGAAAUGUGUUCGAGAUCACGGCCGACUCCGCGGCCGACGAGGCCACGCUGACGCCGGAGCCGGGCGCGCGCGACGACAGCUCCGCCUGGGAGCCUCCCCCUGAGCGGCGACGGGGCGGCGGCGGCGCCAGCGCUCCACCCGAGCCGUUCAUCUUCGACCGCGCGGCGCUGGAGCGGCAGAAGGCGCUGCUCGACCGCGAGCUGGCCACCUUCCGCAGCGAGAACGCUCUGAUCGGCCAGCUGCGCGAAGAGGUGCGGCAGCAGAAGGCGCUGAUGGAGCAGCAGCGGGAGGAGUGGGAGCGCUGGACCCGGCAGGAGCGCGACAAGCAGAGCCGCCGCCUGGAGCAGGAGCGCCGCCAGCUGGCGGAGGAGCGCGCCGCCCUGGACCGCGAGAAGAAGCUGUUUGCCGAACAGUGGAAGCAGAAGGAGACGCCGCAGAUCAAGGUGCUCACGGCCAAGGUGUCGGAGCUGGAGGCGGAGCAGAAGCGGCGCGACGGCUCGUGGGCGCAGGAGACGACGCGCAUGCGCUCGCGCCUGGCCCAGCUGAGCCAGGAGCGUGACCGGCUGACCGGCCUGCUGCAGCAGGCGCAGCAGCAGCUGGCCCGGCGCAACGCCAGACAGUUCAGCGGUGCCGCCGCUGGGCAAGGGUCGAACGUCCCGGAGCGGUCCGCGGCGCGCCGAAAGCCGGCUCUCUCCCGCCAUCGCUCGGCUCCCGAUCUGGCGGACGGCGGAGGAAGCUCGACUUCGGUCUCCACCUUCGGAGGUCGCUCCAGUCGCACCAGCCUGCAGGACCAAACCGGCUCGAAGAAAAGCUCCGUUGUCGGCUCCAGGAGGAUGCACUGGUGGAAUGCAGAGCCGUUCGUCAGCUGUUGUAACUGGCCAGACUCGGAGCGUGGCUAA